AUAUUUUAAUAUAAUAAUAAUGGAAAAGGGCAGAGCGCGAGAGCAAGGGUUUUGGUGAAGGGGGGAAAUUGAAAUUACAGAGAAACACACACACACAAAACACACAGUAAUGGCGUCGUCGUCGUCAGCAUCGAUGAUAAGCCAGGGGUAUGAAAUGCCAUGGGUGGAGAAGUUCAGACCUUCCAAAGUCUGCGAUAUUGUCGGCAAUGAAGACGCCGUUUCCAGGCUUCAAGUCAUCGCUCGUGAUGGCAACAUGCAUAAUCUCAUCUUAGCUGGACCUCCUGGAACUGGUAAAACCACCAGUAUACUGGCUCUUGCACAUGAGCUCUUGGGACCAAACUGCAAGGAGGGAGUGUUGGAACUCAAUGCAUCAGAUGACAGGGGAAUUGAUGUUGUGAGAAACAAGAUUAAGAUGUUUGCGCAAAAGAAGGUCACUCUACCUCCUGGGCGGCACAAGAUUAUCAUUUUGGACGAAGCUGACAGCAUGACAUCUGGAGCACAACAAGCCUUAAGGAGGACGAUGGAGAUAUAUUCGAACUCCACACGGUUUGCUCUUGCUUGCAACACUUCCUCAAAGAUCAUUGAGCCUAUUCAGAGUAGAUGUGCCCUUGUAAGGUUUUCAAGAUUAUCAGAUCAAGAGAUCCUUGGACGUCUCAUGGUGGUGGUUGCAGCAGAAAAGGUUCCUUACAUUCCAGAAGGCCUUGAAGCUAUUAUAUUCACUGCUGAUGGUGAUAUGAGACAGGCAUUGAAUAACUUGCAAGCAACAUUUAGUGGAUUUCAGUUCGUGAACCAAGAAAAUGUGUUUAAGGUCUGUGACCAGCCUCAUCCCCUGCAUGUAAAGAACAUGAUCCGCAAUAUUCUCGAGGGAAAAUUCGAUGAUGCCUGUUCUGGUCUAAAGAGUCUCUACGAUCUCGGCUAUUCGCCCACUGACAUCAUCACAACGCUUUUCCGAAUCAUAAAGAACUAUGAUAUGCCAGAAUACCUGAAAUUGGAAUUUAUGAAGGAAACUGGUUUUGCCCAUAUGAGAAUCUGCGAUGGAGUUGGUUCAUAUCUUCAACUUUGUGGUCUAUUGGCUAAGUUUGCAUUGGUCCGGGAGACAGCCAAAGCUGCAUAAACAAAUUCCUCUAGUAAGAAGCUUAUGUUAAAUGGAUUUCGUCUUGGUUUCUUAUAUACUACCUUUUGUCAGUCAAUCUUCAGCGUUGUAUGAAUGAAGUGUAUUACUCAAGUAGCUUGCGGAUAUUGAGGAUAGCAACUUUGUGGUUCAGUGUUUCUGCAACUCUUUUAACCAAGCAGUGAGGAACAGAUCUGCCAAAAAAAACUUUCAUGGAUAUAAAUAUGCUUUCCCAUGA